CGGCAGUUUCCGUAGAAGAUGGCGAGCGAGGUUUCGGGUGUUGGCAAAGGAAUUAGAAAACGAGUAACGACAGCUGGAAGCGGUACUUUAUCCGACUUUAGAGAUGGUACAAAAGCAAUAUUCCAUUAUCGUACCGUUCUUUGUGAUCAAAACCGCACAGUCAUUGAUGAUAGCUCUGAAAAAGGCAAACCCAUGGAGCUUAUAAUCGGCAAGAAAUUCAAACUUCCAGUGUGGGAGACAAUCAUACGGACCAUGAAGCAGGGCGAAGUUGCUGAGUUUCUUUGUGAUAAGUCGCAUGUCCUUGAGUACCCACAAGUGUCACGUAGUCUGAGGCGCAUUGCUGAAGGACAGGAUCCUCGUGAAGGCCAGAGACACUGCUGCGGUGGUAUUGCACAGCUUCAUGAUCACUCACUAGGAUAUCCUGAUUUGGAUGAACUUCAGAAAAAUCCUCAGCUGCUUAUUUUCAUUAUCACACUUUUACAGGUACAAGAACCUGGUUCAUACAGACAAGAUGCAUGGGCAAUGACCGAUCAGGAGAAGAUGGAAGCUGUACCAGUUCUUCACCAAGAAGGAAACCAGCUUUAUAAACAAGGGAAAACCAAUGAUGCAGCUGCAAAAUAUUAUGAGGCUAUUGCCUGCUUGAAAUCUUUGCAAAUGAAGGAGCAACCAGGAUCCCCUGAUUGGAUUGCUUUAGAUCUAAAGAUAACACCUCUUCUUCUUAAUUACUGUCAGUGCAAGUUGCUUGAGGGUGAUUACUAUCAAGUUCUAGAGCACUGUUCAUCCAUACUGAACAAAUACUCUGAUAAUGUGAAAGCAUUGUUUAAGAGAGGACGUGCGCAUGCUGCUGUGUGGAAUGCAUCAGAGGCAGAGCGUGACUUUUCUCGUGCAGUCUCUCUUGAUCCCUCCCUUGCGCCCCUUGUUGCCAAGGAAAUGAAGAAACUUGAGGAACGUUUACAUGAAAAAAAUCUAGAGGACAAAAUAAGAUUUCGAAAUAUCUUCCACUAACUGUAGUUCAGAAACCAGUUAGUGACUAACAACCAUAUUUAUAUAGGUCAGUGCUACAAUGUGUGUUAAUUUUUUUUUUUUUUUUUUUUUUUAUUGACACACUAAACAUUUCAUAGGGCUGCUAUUUGCCUUUUAGUCAGACCAAUUAUGAUAUUAUGCAAAGUCCUUACAGCAUCAAAUUGGUAGUUAAACCUUACAAAAAAAUGUAUUGAUUAUAUUUAUAUAAAAAUACAAAGCAACGGUAAAAAAGUGGAAAUACAAGAUAUCACGUGCGGGCAUUGCGCUCUGUUUCGGCAAGACAUUCUCUCACAAGUGCGCGGGCAUGAAUUAUACCUAGAAAGACAACAAUUAGUACACAUUCAUCAUCAAUGUAAAA